GUGGUGGCGCGUACGUCCAUGGAUCCUUCGACCAGGGGCCCGGCAGCUCCGCGCACUUCCAGAACUGCCAGGGGUGGGAACAAGGUGGUGGCCUCGCUGUCAAGCAGAAUGUAUUCCAGGACUUGAACACUUCCCUCUGGGCAGAGAGCUGCUCCGCAAAGAAGUCUGGUGGCGGCGCGCACGUCGGGGGAGCAUUUCGCCAGAGUCCAGGCAGCUCUGCACGCUUCGAGAGCUGCACGGCCGGGGAGGAGGGUGGUGCCCUCAGCGUGGAGGCGAGUGUCUCCCAGAAUGAGAGCUCUCUUUUGGCGAACAGGUGCAAAACAGGGAACACCAGUGGCAGCGUGAACGUCCAGGGAGCCUUCCGCCAGUCCGGACGCGCUGCGAUGUUCCAGGACUCCGCUCUUGCCCUGCAUUGCCGGGAAGGAAGGCUGAACCUGUCCGGGUACCAUGAGGUCAAUGUCGAUUUCGUGAUGCAGGACAAAUGCACCAUUGCAGCAAACGGCGCGAAGUUGCAGCUCCGGGCCUCCCUCGCUUUCAACAACACUGUGAAUGUCGAUGGGGACCUUGAAGUUGUGGCCGCACCUCAAAGGCGCUCCAAUGAAGCAUGUAUCCAAGUCAACGGCAGCCUCUAUUUGAGCAAGGGCUCACGCCUGGGCAUCAAGGGGUGCCGCGGUGUGGGCUAUGGCGGCGGCCUCCGUGUUUCUGCUGACCUUCGCAUCGACGGAGGGGCCGUCGAGUUCAGGGACUGCAAAGCAGAAUCAGACUUUUGGAACAAAGGAGGAGGGGCCUAUGUCGGAGGCAGCGUCGACCUUGCAGCCGGGAAAUUCCGCGCAGAGAACUGUAGCAGCGAGGAUCAUGGAGGCGCCCUCUACUCCGGAGGCAGUGUCAACGUGACUGGGAGUUCCGUGUACUUCGUCGGCAUGAAUGCACGCGCCGCCGGAGGAGCCCUCUUUGCUGCGGACAGCAUCAGUGUGACCACAAGUACAAUCAACUUCUUCAAUACCUCGGCAGGUCGCGAGGGAGGUGCGCUGUCGGCAGAGAAUGUCAGCAUCUCUUCCAACAGCACACUGAACAUUACAGACUCAUCGGCUGCUUACCAGGGAGGCGGCGUGUCUUGCCAGCACAUGAACGUCUCGGACAGCUUUGUUCAUGUCCGCAGCGCGACUGCCGGAAAUCGAGGAGGCGGCAUCUCCACAAAAUCGCUGGUCGUGGUCACUGGGGAGGUAGGUGUGGAGCAUGCUUCUGCAAGCCUCGGAGGUGGCGUCUUUGCUUGGUACAGCCUUGAUGUCGGUGAUGGAGGCACACUUCAUCUAUCCCAGUGCAAUGCAUUCCAAGACGGGGGUGGUGCCUAUGUGGGAAAAGGACACGUUGGCUACGUGCAGGUGCAUGACUUAGUCGCUACGGACUGCAGUGCCUCCAAUGGUAGGGGCGGUGGGCUCUUCGUCGAACAAGGCACCGUGAAGCUGCACCGGGGCAACUUCACGGAUUGUUCGGCGGCUUCCAGUGAUGGGGGCGCUGUCUAUGCCAAUGGCAGCAUGAAGGCUUUCCACGUGGAGUUUAUCAGUUGCACCGCUAAGCACACCGGAGGAGCGGCUUACAUCGACUCCUUGGAGAUUGGGUCUGCCGUAUUCAAGAGCUGUGCCGCAACUCAAGGCAGAGCGGUCCGUGCUAAUGGCUUGGUGGAGAUAUCUGAUCUUGCCUACUUGGGUAAGGCGACGCAGCGUUCCUCUGGCGAUUUUAUCAAGAACGCGCAAGCAUCAUCCCUGAGGAUUCAUUCUAUCACUUGUCCACGUGGAUCUGGAGUAUUCGCUGAUAACACGAGCACAGGGUGCUAUGUCUGUGAUCCCGGACAAGUCCGCCUCAGUCAUGAUGUCAAUGAUAAGUGCGUGGCUUGCCCAGACGAGCCAGUCACAGGGUGUGCUGAAACGCGCAUGGAGCUACGCCCCGGCUACAUGGCGCUCGUUGACUUGACCAACUCGAGCAAUAUCAAGAACUGGUACAGAUGCCCAAAUGCGAGAGCAUGUCCAGGUGGCAUCGUGGAAGCUGCGAUCAACAAUCAGAGCGAGCUGCAGAUCGUAAAGCCCAUGUGCCGGGAAGGAUUCCACGGCCAGGGGUGCCGGCAGUGCAAGAAGACGCACGCAAGGGCUGACCGCAGUGUCCUCCAGUGCACCAAGUGCUCGACAUCCAAGCUUGAGGUGUUGCUGCAGAUGGCGUUCUACAGUGUGACGGAUGCAUCGCUCUUUGCCUGUGCGGCCUUGAGUGUGCUCAACGUAGAGUCCAAAACGACCCACAGCGGAGUGAUGCUAAAUCAGCUUAUGUCCUUCACAGCUGUCUCAGGCAGCAUCAUGUCUGCUAUGAUGCAGAGUCAAUCCUUUGGACAGCUGCAGAAUGACUCGCAGCAGUUGCUCCAAGGCUUUGGUCUGGCUGUAGAUGUGCUGCAGGGCCAGACCAGUACCUCUGACAUGUCUUUGGAAUGCCUGGCACACUACUUCGGCCUCGACAAGACGCUCUUCAAUGCUCAUUGCCUAUCGUCCAUCAUGCCCCUGGUCCUGAUUGUUUUGCUGGCUGUCAUCUACGACCCCUGGAUGGCAAUGGUAGUCGGCACCAACGUCUUCCUUCCAGGAUUCGUUGCCUUUUUUGGCAAGUACUUGGUGAUGCUCCGCCUCCGCCCAGAAACGGAUUCCAUCGAAGGAGCCGCCCGCUUCGAGUUCCUACCUGACUUCGAUUUCCUGCCCUCCUUCAUUCCGCGCAAGCCUUGCGAGAUCACCGCCGUGCUCUUCGCCAUAUUCGCAUGCGGAGUGGCAGGCGUCGGCGGCUGGCUGUUCACCGUUCUCGGACAUGGCGACAGAUCUCGUCUUCACGUGAAGUACUUGACCAGGCCGUACAAGGAAAGGUUGGCCUUCUGGGAGGUGGAACGGCUGGUUCGGAAGAUGCUGCUGCUCCUUGUGAAGUUUGCUCUACCCACAGUUCUCUCUCCUGCGCUUCAGAUGGAAGCCAUUGCGCUCAUCUUGGUUACGUCACUCGCUCUCUACGGGGUCUUCCGGCCCUACCAG